AUGGCAGAAGAAACGGAAAAGCCAACAUAUACGAGGGCGCUGGAACUACUGCAAGGCUUGAGUGAAAAGGUGCGAAAACUGGAACAAUUCAAGGAGAAGGACCAAGCUGUUAAGGAGAAGGACCAAGCUGUUAAGGAGAAGGACCAAGCUGUCAAGGAGAAGGACCAAGCUGUCAAGAAGAGGGACCAAGCUGUCAAGGAAAGGGACCAAGCUGUCAAGGAUAGAGACCAGGCUGUCAAGGAGCGGAACCAAGCUGUCAAGGAUAGAGGCCAGGAUGUCAAGAAGAGGGACCAAGCUGUCAAGAAGAGGGACCAAGCUGUCAAGGAGAGGGACCAAGCUGUCAAGGAGAGGGAACAAGCUGUCAAAGAGAGGGACCAAGCUGUCAAUGAGAGGGACCUAGCUUUCAUGGAGAGGGACCUAACUGCCGAGAUGAGGGACCAAGCUGUCAAGGAGAGAGACCGCGCCAAAGCAGAGAAUGAACGGCUGAAGAAAGUUCUCUUCUCCAAUAAAACGUUACCAGUGUACCAGAUGAGCCACUCUCCCAAUGGCGUUUGUCUCAUCAUUAACAACAUCAACUUCAGGGAACUGCCGUCAAGAACUGAAGCAGAAGCAGAUACGGGUCGUCUAGCCAAUGUCUUCAGGGGCUUCGACUUCAAAGUGGUGACCUUGCAGGACCUUGACCAUUCCAAGAUGGUGGAUGUGAUGAUAAGACAGGGGGAAGACGACCACUCCGGCUACGACUGCUUCGUGUGCUGUAUCAUGUCCCACGGUACUACGGGGAAGGUCUUCUCCUCCAACGAUGUCGGCAUCGACAUACUUGAACUGAUCAAACCCCUCAACACAAAACGCUGCCCUUCCCUAAAAGGCAAACCGAAGUUGUUCUUCAUACAGGCUUGUCAGGGGGAGAGGCACCAAAGCCCGGAGCGCACAGACAGCGUGUUCGAUGCGGCAGUCACCUCCACUUUUAUCGCCAAAGAGGCUGACAUCUUCUACGGCCUGGCCACUGUUCCCGGCUACACAGCCAUCAGGCACGACUACGGGGCGCCAUACGUGCACCAUCUGGCCUGCACUCUUACAAAAUAUGGUAAAACUCACGAUCUCCUCACGAUGAUGACGAUGGUCAACGACAACAUGAACGCCAGUGAGCAGGGCCGUUUGGUGUCGUCCCACCACUCGACACUGAGGAAGAAGGUGUAUCUCUGUGGCACUGCUUGAUAGUGCAAAGUAGGAGCAGAUCCAUAUACUCAUAUAGCCCAUACAUGCUCCUGAUCAUGAGUGGAAAUCAGAUAACAGUUUCACUCAAAACACGAGAAAUAGAGAAAAUGAACCUUUGCAGCACUGUACUGUAUGAGGAUUGACAACCUCGUUUGUUUAUUAUAGAACUCUUCAUAGGUAAUCAGAAUUAGAGAUCUCCAUAUAGCUGAUAUUCAAAGUUUAUGUUUAUUAAGUUACGUUUGAACCUCCUCCUUAGUCCAUGAUCCAGCCUGACAUCUGCAAAACAAUGAUGUCCACUCGUAAAUCGACUGGUAUAUCAAAGUCAACAACAUCAGAAACUUUUAAAAAAAUGGAACAGGAAUUCUUGGAUCAGACAAGUCUUACCUCCUGCAUAGUUUUUCACAGAUUGUAAAAGUUACCAACAGCAACAUCUGAAAUUCAAAAGAUAGUUGUCAUUUUCCAAGACCAUUAGAAGCAAUUGUAACGAUAACAGUGAAACAAUCUGUGUUAACAAUGAAACAAUCAUCAAUGCUUAGUCAAGACUUACGCUCAAUGUAAUUGAAUUCCUCUAAACAAACCGUUUUCAAAGGUUUGAAAGUAUAUUUGCAAUAAUAGAGUAAA